AAUAAGCGAACCAUCAGCGCACGAACGCUGAAAUUAAUGUUGACAUUCAACAUGGCGGCAUGUCGUCAGUGCUGUGCUGUGUCGUGCUUGUGUAAUUGUUAGUUUAAGAAACUUUUGAAACAACUUUCAACCAUAAAUUCAACUUUUGAAAACCGAAGAACAAAAAUAAAAGGACAAUAUAGAAAUUACAGAAGCGACACAACCACACUCAGCACGCAUUGAGGACAUCUGAGGAUUUUAAAUCAACACCAACCUUUAUUCUUUGAUACAUUUAACACUUUUGAUUUGUACCUUAUUAUAAGGGAUGACUGAUGUUUAAGCAAAAACUAUCGUCAGUGGUAUCCAAGAAUACAUGAGUAAACUGGUAAUUUUAUACACUCUAAAAGAAUCAGUGAUGCAUCAUAACAAAUGAUAUAAUGUUCAGCAGACCUAAGGUAUAAAAUUCGUUUGAGUAUAAAAUAUAAAAAACUGUUGAAGGACAGGAAGAAGAAAAGUAUAUGCCAAUAGCACUUUUAAAGUUUCAAAAAGUGCCAACCAAUCAAAGCUGCUUGCCUUAAAAAUCAGUGCUUUCUCCAUGAAUGGUAUUGAUGAUACGUGAAACAAAAUAAGGUGACUACCAAGUUGCAGCUAUAAGGAUACAGCAUUGGCCUUCCUUCCGAUUUUCGUGCUUGGAAAAGAAAGGAAGGUAAUUGAAGUUUUUGGGUGAUACUUCUUCAAGAAGCUGUUCUUCCUCUUUCACAAGUUUUCGUAAAAUCGUUAGUAAUAAAAAAAAAUAACAAUAAAAAAAUUAAAAAAAAAAACGAAAUAUAUAAGGUACCAAGAACCAUUCUGUGAUAUAUAUGUUAACACUUAAAUAAUUGAAAAGACUAAAAUUUUUAAGUAUAAGUAUAAUAUAAUAUCAUGAAUGGCUGAUUAGGCCAUUAAGAGCUAGGGGCGAAAAGGUUUGACUGAUCAUUUCCAUCAGCUGCAACGAGAAAAAAAUAAACAAACAAAAAGACAGAUAUACAUAUAAAUAUAUAUACUUUGAAAUAGUAGGGAGUGAUAUUAAAAAUUACUAAAAAAUUCAAGACAUGUCCAACAAUCCUCAGUGGAAACCAUUCCAGCCGCCGAUCAUGAACUCUGACCCAGCAAUAUUAGAAUACAAGUCCAUGUCCAUUUCAAGCCCCAAAGGUACUCAGCAAGUUAACAAUUAUCGGAAUGGUACCAACUACAGUGGUGACUACAUGGACUCGCCUUCUGCUUGUGGAAAAAAUUCUGCAACAUUUAACGAUUAUUCAGGCGCACAAACGUCUCCUCGCAAUGGAACAUCAAGAUUUUCGUCUACAACUUAUAGUAAUCUGGAAACAAGUGGAAAUUAUUCAGGGGAGCCAGUGUCAACAAAUAAUUCUUAUCAAGAUCAGUCUGCGAAUCAGGGAACGCGCGAAACUGGCAUCAUCGAAAAACUUUUGCAUUCUUAUGGAUUUAUUCAAUGUUGCGAGAGGCAAGCAAGACUGUUUUUUCACUUCAGCCAAUUCAGCGGUAACAUUGAACAUUUGAAAAUCGGAGAUCCCGUAGAAUUUGAAAUGACGUACGAUCGUAGAACUGGAAAGCCGAUUGCAAGCAUUGUCAGCAAAAUUGCACCCGAAGUGGUUUUAAGUGAAGAACGAGUCACUGGUAACGUAACUACGGAAUUGCAAGCUAAUGGUGAUUCUCAAGGUCGGAUAAGCUAUGAAAACAGAGGUGAAUGUUUUUUUCUACCGUAUACCAAAGACGAUGUUGAGGGGAACGUAACUCUGCGUAACGGUGAUAAGGUUUCAUUUCAAAUCGCUACAAAUCAACGUGGAAACCUGGGAGCAUGUCACAUUAGAUUAGAAAACCCGGUUCAUCCAGUCCGUUAUCGUGGAGUUGUUUGUUCCAUGAAGGAAAGUUUUGGUUUUAUUGAAAGAGCCGAUGUUGUUAAAGAAAUAUUCUUUCACUUUAGCGAAGCCAAGUCUAUGAAAGAUGAGUUAGGACUUGGCGACGAUGUUGAGUUCAUUAUACAAACGCGAAAUGGUAAAGAAGUAGCUUGUAAUAUAACAAAGUUGCCGCCAGGAUCAAUUAUUUUUGAAGAGAUUAGCGAUGAAGUUAUUAAAGGACAAGUUUUAAAACCACUUGAGAGAGGAACUUCAGCUAGACACCAAAGUGAUCCACUACCAGGUCGCAUUCGUUAUAGAGCACCUGAUCACUCGGAAGUAGAAGUGCCUUUUGGUGAUAAAGAUCAAAAGGGUGACUUUACAUUAAGACACGGAGACUGGGUUCAGUUCAGAAUUGCUACAGAUACCAGAGAUCAAUUAAAAAGAGCUACCGAAAUAUCACUUUUGCCCGAGUCUUUUUCGGUAUCUGGUGAAAGACGCGAACAAGGUGUUAUUGCUGCUUUGAAGGAAGGUUUUGGCUUUAUUCGUUGUGUUGAUCGCGAAUCAAGACUCUUCUUUCAUUUUAACGAGGUGCUAGACGUCGACAGAGAAAUCAGUGUUGGAGAUGAAGUAGAAUUUACUGUUAUAAAAGAUCCUUCUUCGUCAUUUUCCAAUACAAGACAAAGCGGCAUUAGAUUGAAACACUUGCCACCGGGUAGUGUUCAAUUUGAAACCAUAAUAGAAUCUGAUAUUAUGGGUACCGUAGUUGAAGACAUAAAUGGAAACGAACCCGGUCUCAUAGGCUACCUCAAGGAUGAUCAAGAAAAAACAAUUAUAUUUUUUGCUAAAGAUUGUAAAUCAAAGAAUAUCCCGAAACUGAAUGAUAAAGUCCAAUUCAGUGUCUGCCAAGUGAAACGUAAUAAGGAACUCGUUGCUGUAGAUAUUUCACUUUUAAGUCCGAGUGGAGAAAAAAUUCAAAACGGAAAUAAGAAAUCUAGUGGACAAGUUCUUCAAGGAUUCAUUGCUGCUCUUAAGGAUGGCUUUGGUUUCAUUGAAACCAUCAAUCAUGAUAAAGAAAUAUUUUUUCACUUUAGCUACUUCGAUGGAGACGCCAACAGUUUGGAAUUGGGCGCUGAAGUUGAAUGCAGUGUUGGCUUAGGAAGCAACAACCGAGGAACAGCUGGUGGCUGCACCGCUGCCGACUCUGUGCGAUUGCUACCAAAAGGCACCAUUCCUAGACCUAAUGUGGAUGGCGAUGUUCUGGACGGUACCGUGAUUCGUCCACUGCGCAGUGCAAACCCAGAUCAGCCAGAGUACGCUGGCCUGAUUAAAGUGAAUCCGACGAGUGAGGACGAAGAGACACCGGAAUACGAGUUUGGCAUAAUGGGCUUGUCGAACAAACGCGAGCUCCUACAGACGGGAGAUCCCGUGCAGUUCCAGGUUGACUCGGACGGAAACGCCUGUAAUAUCGUGGCAGUGAGAAAAAAGCGUAGGGCCACCGUUGAUGCUGUCAAAGGUCCUUUUGGCUUUUUAGCAUAUGAAGUCGACGAAGGCAAAAAAUUAUUUUUCCAUAUGAGCGAAGUUUGCGAUAAUGCAAAGCUACAGCCCGGCGAUCAAGUUGAAUUCGUUCUUGUAACGAAUCAGCGUUCUGGCAAAUCUUCUGCGUGCAAUGUCGUCCGUUUGAACGAUGCUGUACAACAACAACGGCCCGAACGACUCAUAAGUCGGUUGCGUACGGUAUCUUUAGAUGACUCUGGGCCGAAAUUAAUCGUCGUGAGGCAACCAAAGGGUCCAGAUGGAACUAAGGGAUUUAGUCAAGAACGAACGCAGCGCGUACCAGGUGCCAUCGAAGAGUAAUAUUUAAAUUUUAACUAAUAAAGGGAAUCAAGGGAAAUGAGACGUAACCACGAAUUACACCCAUCUGUUUUUCGUCCAUGCACGUGUCGACGCCGAGAUUCGCGUAUUUAAUGAUAAUAAUUAUCAAUUAUUUUAUUGUUACGAUUUUUAAGAUAAAAGAAACGAGAAACUAAGAACAUUUGCCAAACUUAAGACAGAUAUAAUGAAUUGAAAAAGAACUAAAAAACUGUAAUGACAAGACGCAGAGUCGGCAGUAACGAGUUGGACAAAAAGACUAUAUUUUUUUUAUUCUUUUUUUUUUUUUUUU